CGAGGAAAACGAUGUGUUUCGCCCGUCGAGCUCCUCGGUCGUGUGUACGAGGCUUCAGGCUUUAUUCAGGUCUAUACCAUACAAUGAAUGUGUCAGGAGUACCUGACCUAAGGCCACAUUCAGGUCUAUACCAUACAAUGAAUGUGUCAGUAGUACCUGACCUAAGGCUUCAUUCAGGUCUAUACCAUACAAUGAAUGUGUCAGAAGUACCUGACCUAAGGCCUCAUUCAGGUCUAUACCAUACAAUGAAUGUGUCAGGAGUACCUGACCUAAGGCCUCAUUCAGGUCUAUACCAUACAAUGAAUGUGUCAGGAGUACCUGACCUAAGGCCUCAUUCAGGUCUAUGCCAUACAAUGAAUGUGUUAGGAGUACCUGACCUAAGGCCAAAUUCAGGUCUAUACCAUACAAUGAAUGUGUCAGUAGUACCUGACCUAAGGCUUCAUUCAGGUAUAUACCAUACAAUGAAUGUUUCAGAAGUACCUGACCUAAGGCCUCAUUCAGGUCUAUACCAUAAAUCGCACUGCAACAGUAUGGGAGCAUUUGCAUGCAUACGAGUGUGCAUGCAAAUUCUCAGUAUAAUCCCGUUGCCGGUGUCAGUGCAACCCUGUAGUUUAGCAGUGAUGCCACAUUCAGGUCUAUACCAUACAAUGAAUGUGUCAGUAGUACCUGACCUAAGGCUUCAUUCAGGUAUAUACCAUACAAUGAAUGUUUCAGAAGUACCUGACCUAAGGCCUCAUUCAGGUCUAUACCAUAAAUCGCACUGCAACAGUAUGGGAGCAUUUGCAUGCAUACGAGUGUGCAUGCAAAUUCUCAGUAUAAUCCCGUUGCCGGUGUCAGUGCAACCCUGUAGUUUAGCAGUGAUGCCACAUUCAGGUCUAUACCAUACAAUGAAUGUGUCAGUAGUACCUGACCUAAGGCUUCAUUCAGGUCUAUACCAUACAAUGAAUGUGUCAGGAGUACCUGACCUAAAGCCACAUUCAGGUCUAUACCAUACAACAGCCAUUCUCAACCAGGAUUCCGUGGCUCCCUGGGGUUCCUCCAGAGGUUUCUAGGGGGUUCCUUGAGCUGUGGCUAAUUAACCACCUAUUUGAUGAUGCCUACAGAGUUCAAGGUUCAGCACCACUUAACAAAGCCAGCAACAUGACACCAAAUAUCUUUUUAGCUGUCGGGUGGAAUUCUGAGCACCACUUUAACGGGGGCCAUUCUUCCUAUUAAUCACCAAUAUAAGGAGCAUUGUUCCUAUUGAGCCCUGAUGAAUUGGUUUUAGUAAGGGUGCCUCGAGACAUGAAAACUAUUUUUUGGGUUCCUCUAGGGUUAAAAGGUUGAGCAAGCCUGCCAGACAAUGAAUGUGUCAGAAGUACCUGACCUAAGGCCUCAUUCAGGUCUUUGCCAUACAAUGUUAGAACACAGGAAUUCACUGCAGGCAAGAGACAACUGUUUUCUGUGGUGCCUGUUCAGACACCUGUGUAGCAUAGCACUACGAUACAAUAAAAAAAAGUUCACGUGUUGUUUAAUGUGCUGAUGUCUCAAGGGAGUAAAAGGCCUCAUGCACACUGGGCAUUUAGUAGCGUUGCACCGAUUUUUUCACUGGUGAGUAUGAGGACCUAUACUUUUGGUGUAGUAUUUACCAGUGCGAUUUAAGCCCAUACUAAAUGAAUUGGCUCAAAUAAUACUGAAAAGGAUUGCAUGCGAUUUGAACAGAAAUGG